AUGCCUGCCAGUGGGACAAACUCCUACCAUCGCCCGGACCACAGCACACUCCAGCUUCCUUGUGGCCAUCAGAACUGCCAGCGGUAUUUCAAGACUGCUGCUGGAAGGACAAAACAUAGGCUCUCAGCCCAUCCGACAAUCCCACGUCCCGUCCCGUCUCACCAUUCAGUUUCUCCCGAGCUUCCGGACCCAGGAAACGACCAGCAUCGUGAAGAAGACAUCCCACGUGCUGAUGAUGUUCCUUUUGACAUUGAUCAUGAUCAGCCCGAUUUUGAAAUCCCCAGGAUGUCAUCUCCACUUCCGGAUGUCAAUGCAGAAUUCUUUGGACCGGGGAAUCAUUUUUAUCGAAAUUACCAUAAGGAUCUUGAUGGUCGGCCUUGUGAUGAAAAUGGUGCAUUUCUUCCCCCAGGAACUCCACCAUCCCCACCUGUUGCACGUCCUGCCGAUGAUUGGACCCCAUUUCGUAAUCGAACGGAAUUUGAAACCGCUGAAUUCCUAUACACUCGAGAGCAGAUGUCCGGCCCUCAAAUUGACACCUUACUUGACCUGUGGGCCGCGACACUUGUGAAAUACAAUGACCGUCCGCCGUUUGCCAACCACAAAGACCUAUACCAUACAAUUGAUAGCAGUCCACUUGGAGACGUGCCGUGGCAGAGUUUUUCCGUCAAAUAUUGCGGUGACAUACCAGACGUCGAUGUUCCGCCGUGGAUGAACAGCUCUUACGAUGUGUGGUUUCGAGAUCCUCGUGAAGUCAUCCGCAAUAUGCUCGCAAACCCAAUGUAUGCCGACGAAGUGGAUUAUCAGCCUUACCGCGAGUACACAUCAGCGACUGAUGAACGCCAGUGGAAAGACUUCAUGUCUGCUGACUGGGCAUGGGAUCAAGCAGAUGAAAUUUCCAAGGAUCCUGACACAGUUGGGGCAACCUUCGUUCCCGUCAUUCUCGGCAGCGACAAGACAACAGUAUCAGUCGGCACUGGCAACAAUGCAUACUACCCGCUAUAUCUAUCCAUUGGAAAUGAUCCAAGGUUCCGAAAGUUUCGCUGCCAACUCUUCCACUCUUCUCUGUCAAAAAUCCUUCAGACGCUGGUACCUGGAAUGACGAAACCCGAAGUAGCUCGUUUUGGAGAUGGUCACUUCUGUCGCGUUAUCUAUGGACUUGGACCCUAUAUCGCUGAUUAUGAAGAGCAAGUCCUGUUAGGAUGCAUCGUUAAACGUUGGUGCGCAAGGUGCCUCGCACCACGUCUUAACCUCGAUCAAGAUGCCUUGUACCAUUGUCGUGAAUACGUGGAUGCUCUGGUGGAGGAAGGGACUCUAUUGGAGAUCUGGGAUGAUUAUGGGAUCGUUGGCGACCUUGUACCGUUUACCAAUGAUUUCCCCCGCGCUGAUAUAAACCAACUCAUCGCUCCCGACCUUCUCCACCAGCUCAUCAAGGGAGCUUUCAAGGAUCAUCUUGUAGAUUGGGUGGAGAAGUAUUUGAUACUGACCCACGGAAAACGCGAGGGUCAACGAAUCAUGGACGACAUUGACCGAAGAAUCGCAGCUGUCGCACCCUUCUCAGGACGAGGGUUUAAACAGUGGACCGGCGAUGAUUCAAAAGCACUGAUGAAGGUCUAUUUGCCCGCAAUCGAGGGCUAUGUCCCAUUGGACAUUGUGCGUGCAUUCUGCGCUCUUUUAGAGUUCUGCUACCUCGUGCACCGCAACAUCGUUACACAAACGACCCUCACCGAAAUUCAAGAUGCACUUGCCCGAUUCCACCACUACCGUGAGGCAUUCCGAGAUGCUGGCGUCGUUUCUACAUUUUCCUUGCCGCGUCAACACUCACUCAAGCACUACGUCCAACUCAUCCGACUUUUUGGCGCCCCCAACGGAUUGUGCUCCUCGAUUACGGAGACCAAACAUAUCAAGGCAGUAAAAGAACCUUGGAGACGCUCGAGUCACUUCAAUGCACUCGGGCAAAUGCUUCGAACCAACCAGCGGCUAGAUAAGCUCGCUGCUUUGCACGCUGACUUCACCAAGCGCAAUAUGUUGGACGGCACGUGUUUGUCUGCAAUUGAAGGGGAUGACAACGGCGAAGUGGACGAUGGUCCUACCGUGCUACAAGCGCAUGUUGAGCUUGCGCGAACACCACAACGAAAACGUGCAAAAACUGUGGCUGCCCUCGCAGCAGAAUUAAACAUAGCGCAUCUGCCUCACCUCCUCCGACAGUUCCUCUUCGAACAGAUACAUCGAGACGACCCUCAAGAUCUCUCCGAAGUCCCCGAAUUCCACUUUCCCGGCUAUGACGGCAGAAUAUCUGUCUUUAACUCGGCAUCCUCCAGAUUCUAUUCGCCGAGUGACCUCAGCGGUAUUGGUGGUAUACGCACUGAAUACAUUCGCGCAUGUCUGCAGUGGCGAAACGAAUAUGCACGGAACGACUGCGUGUUUGUUAACACCAACCCAGACCUCGAGGGAAUGCGAGGAUUCAAUGUUGCUCGAAUAACUUAUCCCUGCACAGUUAUCCGGUGGUUUGACACCAUUGGCGACUCUCCUGACGAAGAUACCGGGAUGUGGGUGGUGCGGCUGGCCUACCAUGCCAAUCAUGCCCCGCAUAUGUCUAUCAUUCAUAUCGACUCGAUUUAUCGCGCAGCGCAUCUAAUUCCAAUUUACGGUGCACAGUUUGUUUCAUAUGACCUCAGAUACUAUCAGUCUUAUGAUACUUUCUGA